CGCAGAGCUCGCUUGGGGGGAAACAGGGCCCCGCGAGCACACUCGCUGCGGGGCCUUUUGAGGAGACGACAGACCGGUGUGGACGCAGCCUAGGGAAGUCCAAACGUGUCCUGUGGUUGAGUCCCAGGAGAGGGGGUUAAAAUACAGCGCGGCCUGUGAGGAUUGUCGUUUCUAUUUAAUGGCUUGAAAGCUGGCUGACGGAUCGAUCUCAGCAAGGAACUGUGAAGGAAUCAUUGCUGGGGGGUACCACACAGAUCUGUUCUGGGCCCAAUACUGCUUAAUACUUUGAUCAAAGAUCUGAAAGUGAAUAUAAAACCGGUGCUGAUGAAAUGUGCAGAUGACACACAUGCUGUCAGAAUGGUAUAUAGUUAUAAGGACAGGGCGGUCAUACAGAGACAGCAGGGUCACUUGGUAACUUGGGCCCAUUCAAACAAAAUGUGUUUUAACACAAGACAAAUACAAGGCCUAGGAAAAAAUAAAGAAGGUCUUACUUACAAUAUAGGGACUUUAUCUGCAGUGCAGUGACCCUGAAAAGGACUUCAGGAUUAUGACAGAUAACCAACUCAGCAUGAACUCCCUGUGUGAUGCUAUGGCUAAGAGAGCCAACACCAUCCUUGGAUGUAUAACCGGGAGAACAUCACCUCUGUUUACAGCACCGGUGGGCACAUUACCAGAUACCGUGUCCUGUUCUGCCGUCCACACUUCAAAAAGAAUGUUUUUGAGAAACUGGAAAAGUUCUGAAAAGAGCUAAAAAGGAUGUUUCAAGGUCGGGAAAACUUGUCUUAUAGUGAAAGACUAAAGAAGUUCAAUCUACUUAGUUUAUUCAAAAGAAGGUUAUUCUCCAUCUACAAGUACCUUAAUGGAUAGCCCAACAUCCCAGGCUGGUCUGCCUUGGGGGGAACCUCCUCCCUGCGUGCCAUGGAUUCAGCACCUCGUCCAGCCUCUCCACCAACAACCCCAUGUGGAAAUGCAGGAUCAAAUACACCACCAGGCCCAUUGGCAUGAAAAAGACCGGUGGCCGUGAUCACACAGGUCGUAUCACUGUGCAUGGGAUCGGCGGGGGGCACAAGCAGCGCUACCGCAUGAUUGACUUCCAGCGGCUGCGCUAUGUAUCUGGGGCUGAGUCAGGCCCCUACGAGGAGAAGGUGAUCCAGGUCCGGUACGACCCCUGCAGGUCGGCUGAUAUUGCCCUGGUGGCUGGUGGCAAGCAGAAGCGCUGGAUCAUUGCAACAGAAAACAUGCAGCCUGGCGACCUCCUCAAAACCUCGGGGCACAUAGGCAGGAUGGCAGUCUCUGCCAGUGAGGGGGAUGCGUACCCAUUGGGAGCUCUGCCUGUGGGGACCCUGAUCAAUAACCUGGAAAGCCACCCUGGGAAAGGAGCGCAGUACAUCCGAGCAGCAGGGACCUGUGGGGUGUUACUGAGGAAGGUGAAUGGAACGGCCAUUGUGCAGCUGCCAUCUAAAAGACACAUACAGGUGCUGGAGACCUGCAUGGCCACUGUGGGGCGAGUUUCCAACAUUGAUCACAACAAGCGGAUCAUUGGGAAAGCUGGCCGGAACCGCUGGCUGGGGAAGCGCCCGCGCAGUGGCUUAUGGCAUCGCAAGGGCGGCUGGGCAGGACGCAAGAUCAAACCACUCCCACCCAUGAAGAGCUAUGUCAACCUUCCGACAGCAGCAGCUCGGGCUUGACACCUGGCGCCCGCCCCUCAAUGGCUGUCAAUAAAAUCAGCCCCUCAGCUCUCA